GCCACCCCCUUCUCUUUUACUCUCUCCAUGUCGGACACCAAGAUCACGCUCCCGUCGACGUCGGGCAAGGAUGUCCGGGAGACGUUCAUCAAGUUCUUCACCUCCAAGUAUGGCCACACCUUUGUGCCGUCGUCUUCGGUCGUCCCGCUCAACGACCCGACGCUCCUGUUCACCAACGCCGGCAUGAACCAGUUCAAGCCCAUUUUUGUGGGCCGUGCUGACCCGCUCUCUGCGAUGGCGCAGCUGAAGAGCGCGGCCAACUCGCAAAAGUGCAUCCGUGCCGGUGGCAAGCACAACGAUCUCGAGGAUGUGGGCAAGGAUGUGUAUCACCACACGUUUUUCGAGAUGCUCGGCAACUGGUCGUUUGGCGACUACUUCAAGUCCGAGGCCAUCGACAUGGCGUGGGAGCUGCUGACGUCUGUGUUCGGAAUCGAGGCGGACCGGCUGUACGCGACGUACUUUGGCGGCGACGAGGAGGCCGGGCUGGAACCUGACCUCGAGGCGCGCGACAUUUGGCUCCGGUACCUUCCGGAGGACCACGUGCUCCCGGGCAACAUGAAGGACAACUUUUGGGAGAUGGGCGAGACCGGGCCGUGCGGGCCGUGCUCCGAGCUGCACUACGACCGGAUUGGCGGGCGCAACGCGGCGCACCUUGUCAACAUGGAUGUGCCGGAGGUGCUCGAGAUCUGGAACCUUGUGUUCAUGCAGUACGAGCGGACGACCGACGGGCUUGUGACGCUGCCGAACCAGCACGUGGACACUGGCGCCGGUCUCGAGCGCAUUGUCUCUGUCCUGCAGAACAAGAUGUCCAACUACGACACCGAUCUGUUCACGCCGAUCUUUGACGCGAUCCGCGAGGUUACUGGCGCGCGCGAGUACACCGGACUCGUGGGCGACGAGGACGUGGACAAGAUCGACAUGGCGUACCGUGUUGUGGCGGACCACGUGCGGAUGCUAACGUUCUCGAUUGCCGACGGCGGACUGCCGUCGAACAACGGGCGCGGGUACGUGGUGCGGCGUGUGCUCCGGCGGGCGAUCCGGUAUGUUUCGGAGAAGCUCGGCGGCUCGCUCGGCUCGCUCCACGAGCUUGUGGACGUGGUCAUUGCCAACUUUGGCGAGGCCUUCCCGGAGAUUGCGGCCAAGCGCGACCUGGUGGUGGAGGUCAUCACUGCCGAGGAGGUCAAGUUUGGGCGGACGCUCGACCGCGGCGUGCAGCUGUUCAAGAAGUUUGCCGAGGCGUCGACCGACGGCAAGCUCGCGGGCAAGGUUGUCUUCCAGCUGUACGACACGUACGGGUUCCCGACCGACCUCACCGAGCUCAUGGCUGAGGAGCGUGGCCUGACCAUCGACUGGGAGCGGUACGAGGCCGAGCGGCUGGCGGCUGUGGAGCGGUCGCGGUCGGCCAAGUCGGCGACGGGCAUUGUGCUCGAGACGCAGGCUGUCGACGGGUUCACCUCGCGCGGCUCGACCGACGACUCGGCUAAGUUUGACGACGACUGCGACGAGCACGCGACUGAGGUUGUGGGCGUGUACAACUACGACGAGCGGACGUUUGUCGAGGCUGUGGCCGCCGGCACGGCGGCCGGCACCGUUUUUGGCAUCAUGACCACGACGACCAACUUUUACGCCGAGGGUGGCGGCCAGAUCUACGACUCGGGCACGCUCGCGGUGGGCGCGACCGCCGACGACGCCGUCCCGGUGCUCUCGAUCUUCAACUGCCAGGCGUACGCCGGCGCGGUCGUCCACUUUGGCCGCCUGGUCGAGGGCGCACCGGCCGACGCGCUCACUGCCGGCGCCGAGGUGUGGCUUCUCCGCGACGCCGCGCGCCGGUCGCCCAUCCGCGCGAACCACACGGCGACGCAUCUGCUGAACCACGCGCUGCGCGCGGUGCUCGGCGACCACGUCGGCCAGCGCGGCUCGCUCGUCGACGAGGACAAGCUCCGCUUUGACUUUUCGCACAACUCGCGGAUCGAGGUGGCACAGGUCACCGCCAUCGAGGACCACGUCCGCAAGAUCAUUGUCGGCAAGCUCCCGGUCUACGCGAAGGUUGUCCCGCUCGAGGACGCGACCAACAUCAACGGCCUCCAGCAGGUGUUUGGCGAGACGUACCCGUCUGAAGUCCGCGUUGUCUCGGUCGGCGUCGCCGUCGACGAGCUGCUUGCCAACCCCGAUUCUGACCAGUGGCCAGCGUACGCCAUCGAGCUCUGCGGCGGCACACACCUCUCCAACUCGGGCGAGGCCGAGGCCUUUGCCGUCCUCUCGGAGGAGUCGGUUGGCGGCGGAACUCGCCGCAUGGUGGCUGUCACCGGCGAUGCCGCCCGCGAGGCCAUCGGCCUUGCCGCCCACUGGCGCAACGAGGUCACCGCCCUCACCGCCCUCCCCGACGAGCAGCUCGUCGGCGCCCUGCCGCCGGUCAAGACCUCGGUGACGACCGCCAAGCUCGCUGUCGGCGACAAGGCCGCCCUCUUGGCCACCAUCGACGAGCUUGUCUCCCGUGUUGUCGCCUUCCGCAAGGCCAAGGCCCAGGUUCUCGUCGAUGCGGCCAUCGAGUCGGCCGCCGCGCUCGCCGCCGACUCGCCCGACCUCGCCGAGGGCGGCGUUGUUGUCCAGGUCCUCGACCUCGGCGACGUCAAGAAGGGCCUCGCUAAGGUUAUGAAGGCCUACGCCUCGGCUCUUCCCAAGGCCUCGGUCGUCAUCAUCAACGCCGGCGCAACCGGCAAGGUUGAGUACAUGGCCACCACGCCCAAGGGCGCGGCCGUCACCGCCAAGGCUGUCGUCGCUGCCAUCAACGAUGCCGCCGGCGGUCGCGGUGGCGGCAAGCCGACGUCGGCCCAGGGCUCGGCCCCGUCGCCUGCCGACGCCCCGGUCGACAUCGACGCCGUUGUCGCUGCCGCCAACGCCGCUCUCUCGGCCUAACCUUAUCCUCCUCCCUCUCCCACCACACACACCCGUAGCAGCGUGCGAUCAAAGCCGAAACCCACUUUUGCCUCA